CAGUCGUUUAAGUGCGGCGAGACUUGAAAGAGUGGAGUGAGGAGUAGAUAAACCCAGAACCACCGAAAAAGGCGCCGCUUGUUGUAAUCGGGAUCCUCGCGGCCGUUGGUGACCUUCAAAACGCCGCCGUUUUCAUUCCAGGCCCAUUCUUCCGUUAAAUGGCUUUCAACGCUCCUAACUGCCUCCACCGUCUACCGUCUUCCCGCCACGAAAUUACCCGAAUCACACCCGCCACUGUCGUCCUGCCACGUCACCUCCCGACUCGCUUAUCCUCCACGCUCGCCCUCGCCCGCCGUAAAAACCACCGCGCCGCCGUGACGUCAUCUCCGCCGAAGAUAAAGAAGAAAAGCGCGGCGAAGAAUGAGGAGGAGGAAGUGGAUGGCGAUGCAAUCGACGCUUUGUUUUCGCUGCUGGAGGAGGACCUCAGAAACGACGGCGUGUCGUUGGAGGAUGACGGCGACGACGACGAGAUAAGUGAGGAGGAUCUGGCCAGGCUUGAAGAGGAGCUGGCGGAGGCUUUUGGUGCGCUCGAUGAGGAUGAAGACGAAGACGAAGACGAAGACGAAGAAGAGGAGGACGAAGCCGAACACGGCGAUGAUGACGUCAUUAAGAACGAUGCGGCUGGAGAAGAAGAUGAGGACGAUGAAGUCGAAGUUGCUGUGAAGCUCAAGACUUGGCAAUUCAGGAGAUUGGCUUCGGCUUUAAAAGUCGGUCGCCGCAAAACCAGUAUAAAAAAUCUUGCCGCUGAGCUUUGUCUUGACAGGGCUCUUGUCCUUCAAAUGCUUCGUGAUCCGCCUCCGAAUCUUUUGAUGCUCAGUGCUGCUCUACCUGAUGUGCCUGCUCCUAAAAAGUCUGUGCCUGCACCAAUGCCUGAAGAGACUAUAGUGGAAGCUGUUGAGGAGACGAGUACAGAUGCUGCCGUGGUAGAGAAGGUGCCGGUUCAUGUCCGGCAACAAAAGUUUUCUGCGCAGAAGAGGCUGAAGAAAGUGCAUCUUGAUACCCUUGAAAGAAUUUAUAGAAGAACAAAGCGCCCAACAAAUUCAAUUAUCAGCAGCAUUGUGCAUGUGACUAACCUGCCACGCAGAAGAAUUGUGAAAUGGUUUGAAGACAAACGUUCUGAAGAGGGGGUUCCCGACUCUCGGCGUCCAUAUCAACCAUCUGCUCCUACUACUGUCAACUAGAGAAUAUGUUAAUCAGUAUCAUACAUCACAACUGAAGAAUCAGAUUGAGAGACUAUGGCAACAUUACCUAGGUCAGUGACCUCAUUUAGGAGGCAAGGCUCUUCAGGGUUGGUAUGGGAUGAGGUAUUACAGAAGGACGUAGGCAGGAC